UCUGAGUUGCGUGUCGCCUGUCUUGGUGCUCUCUGGUGGCUCUGCCGCAGCUUCUCUCAGGCUUUUAUCUGCACCUGUCGUGGGGGGUCGUAGGAAGGACUCGGGGGACCCAGGAGCCCUAGAAAUGGACUCAGUGGCCAUUGAGGACGUGAAAGUGAACUUCACCCCAGAGGAGUGGGCUUUGCUGGAUCCUUCACAGAAGAAACUCUACAGAGAUGUGAUGUGGGACACCUUCAGGCACCUGGCCUCAGUAGGGAAAAAAUGGGAGGAUCAUGACAUUGGAGAUCAGUACAAAAACCAGGGGAGAAAACUAAGAAAUCGUAUGGUAGAGAGACUCUGUGAAAGUGAAGACAGUAGUGAGUGCAGAGAAAACUUCAGCCUUAUUCCAAAUCUCAGUCUGAAUAAGAAAACUACUAGAGUGAAACCACAUGGAUACAGGGCAUGUGGGAAAGUCUUCAUGCGUCAUUCACCCCUUUAUGGGCACAUCAGAUGUCACACUGGACUCAAACCGGAUGAGUAUCAGACAGAUGGAGAAAAGCCGUAUAAAUGUAAGAAAUGUGGUAUAGCCUUCCGUUAUCUCCAGGUUUUUGAAAAACAUAAAAGAAAUCACCGUAGAGGGGAAAACAAUAAAUGUAAGGAAUGUGAGAAAGCCUUUAGUAGUUCCGCUUCUUUGAGAAGACAUGAAAGAAUUCACACCGAGAAGAAACUCAAUCGAUGUAAACAAUGUAGAAGAACCUUUAUUUAUCAUCAUACUUUUCAAAGACAUGAGAGGAUUCACACAGGACAGAAACCCUAUGAAUGUAAGCAGUGUGGUAAAGGUUUUGUUUCUCUUAAAGGUUUCCAAGUACAUGAAAGGAGUCACACUGGAGAGAAACCCUAUGAAUGUAAAAAAUGCAGUAAAGCAUACGCUUCUUCCAGUUCUCUGCGAGUCCAUGAAAAGACUCAUAGUGGAGAGAAGCCCUAUGAAUGUCUGGAAUGUGGGAAAGCCUUUAGUUAUUCCUCUAGAUUGAAAAGCCAUGAAAGAACUCACACUGAGGAGAGACUGUAUCAAUGUAAACAAUGUGGAAGUGUCUUCAGAAAUCGGGAUACUUUUCAAAAACAUGAGAGGACUCACAUAGCAGAGAAAAACUAUAAAUGUAAGCAGUGUGGUAAAACUUUCGUUUCUCAUCAAGGUCUCCGAAUACAUGAAGGAGGAAAUCACAGUGGAGAAGAAAAACCCUACAAGUGUAAGGAAUGUGGGAAAGCCUUCCGUUUGCGUGCAUCCUUUCAAAUACAUGAACGAAUUCACACUGUAGGAAAAUCCUAUGAAUGUAAAGAAUGUGGGAAAAUCUUUGCAAGGUUCACAAGCUUUCAGAGACACAUGAUGAUGCACAAGGGAGAUGUUCUUUAUAUAUGUGAAGAAUGUGGAAAAGCUUUCAGUUAUUCCACUUCAUUGCGCAAACAUGAAACAAUUCACACUGGGGAGAAACCCUAUCAAUGUAAACAAUGUGGAAGAACCUUUAGGUAUCAUCAAACUUUUAAAACACAUGCAAGUACUCACACGGGACGGAAACCCUAUGAAUGUAAGCAAUGUGGUAAAGGUUUUGUUACUCAUAAAGGUUUCCAACUACAUGAAAGAAUUCAUACAGGAGAGAAACCCCACACAUGUAAACACUGUAGUAAAGCAUACCGUUGUUCCAGUUCUCUGCGAAAACACGAGAUAACUCAUAGUGGAAAGAAACCGUAUAAAUGUCUGGAAUGUGGGGAAGCCUUUAAUUAUUCCUCUUCAUUGCAAUUACAUGAAAGACGUCACACUGGAGAGAAACCCUAUAAAUGUAAAAAAUGUAGUAAAGCCUACACUUCUUCCGGUUCUCUACAAACACAUGAAAGAACUCACACUGGAGAGAAACCGUAUCAUUGUAAAAAAUGUGGUAAAGCAUUCAUUUGUUCCAGUGCUCUGCGCAAACAUGAAAGAAUUCAUACUGGAGAGAAAACCUACAAGUGUCUGGAAUGUGAGAAACGAUUCGUUACUCCCAGUUCAUUUCAAAUACAUCAAAGGAUUCACACUGGAGAAAAACCCUAUGAAUGUAAACAGUGUGGUAAAGCCUUCAAUUAUUACUAUUCCUUAAAAUUACAUGGAAGAACUCAUACUGGAGAGAAGCCGUAUGAAUGCAAGGAAUGUGGGAAAGCCUUCUGUUAUCUCCAAACCUUAAAAAUACACCUGAGACUGCACACUGGAGAAAAACCCUAUGAAUGCAAGGAAUGUGGGAAAGCCUUCUGUUAUCUCCAAGCCUUAAAAAUACACCUGAGACUGCACACUGGAAAGAAAUUGUAUGAAUGUAAACAAUGUGGUAAAGCCUACAAAUAUUAUGGUUUCUUACAAAUUCAUGAAAAACGUCAUACUGAAAAGAAACCCUGUGAAUAUCAGGAAUGUGGGAAAGCCUUUAUUUCUUGAACAAAGUUUUAAGGACAUGUAAGAGUACACAGAGGAGAAAAAUAUAAAUAUGAAGAAUGUGGGAAAGUCUUCUUGAUCCCAAGUCCUUACAAAGACAUGAAAGACCUUAAUUGAUAAAACCUCCUGAACGUAAACAGCAUGGGGAAGCCUUCAAUUGCCCCCCACCCUUAUCUGAAAAUGCCCAAUGAAAAGAGUUCAAGAAACAUGGGAAAGAUUAAUGGAAAUUACUCUAUGUAUAAUGUUCUAGAAAAUUUUCGAGAUGAAAGAAUUGUUAUAAACGUUGUAAAUAUAUUGUGUUUACCAAGCCUCUUUCUUAAAAUGCGAUAUUGGACUGUGGAUUUCUACAAAUUACUAUUAGAAAUGAAGCAAGAGUUCUGUGAAUUGUCUUUCAAAACUAGUACAUAAGAUUAACAGGUACUGCCUUUUCCUUAAAUUGACUAAUAUUUUCUCUUUCUAUUUUGCAGCCUGUUGUAUCCAUGGGUGAAUUGAAAUGUAUUGCUAAUAUACAAUUAGGUUUAAUUUUCUUUUAUAAUGUUUUAUUUGUUCUGUGUUCAGGGACUGUUGAAAAUUGAUACUUGUUUGUUGGGAUUUUCCUGCUGGCCUUGUGUAGAAGCAUCUGUAUAUCCCUAAUCCAUUAUAUAUUGUACCUUUCUUACUGAGAAAGCCUUUUUGAGGUGCUGGGUAUAACAGCCUUUUUCUAUUUUCCAUACUA